AUGCGAAGGAACAAUGGACUGAAGUUGGACCUUACCGAGAAUACACCAGGUACCUCGACAUCGAGACUACCGAAUUUAUUGGAGCAUGCAGAGAGUUGUGAUACCGGUAUUGAUAACGGUACUGGUGAGAAUUUGAGCAGUAAAUUGCCAAACGUCGUUGAGGGCUCCAUGGACUAUGGUACCGAGCGCAGAUCCUCACGUUACAUGGAUUACGAGCCGAAGAGCUUUCAGGAUGGUCAGUCUGGGGGUGGUUACGUUGAUGGUAUUGCAGCGAGGACCAACGAUAUCGACUACGGAGACAGAAAUUACACAAGAAGUUUCGACAGAAAAGCCCCAGGUAGUGGAUUUGAUCAGGACAUGGAGCGAUAUGACAACAGGAUAUACCCAGAGGAGAAUCUGAGGUAUGACAGGCGAGCAGACAGGUCUUAUCAGGAGUCUGACCUGGACGCCCCUUACGAAAGGAGCGAGGGCCAGAAGGUUCGCUAUCAGGAUCCACCAGACAGCACCAGAAGGUACUCAAGGGACCUCACGGACUACGAGUACGCAGCGAGGUACGCCGAGGAGACGCUCAAGCUCGAUCCCAAGAAGGACCAUCGACAUCACGUAGGCCAGAUCUAUGAGCCCAUCAGCAAGAACUACGACACCCUUGCAAAAGGUGGCUACGAGUCCGGCAUCAAAACAAGGGACUCCUCCUACGAACUCAGCUCCUGCUCCAAUCCCAAAUACGAGAGCAAAUACACAGUUGGCAAGAUGUAUGGAACAUUGCCGCGAUACGACACAUCCGGUAAAGCCUACGAUUCCUACGAUACAGGUAGAUCGUACGGAUCAAAGUACGAGGAGCAGAGUUACGACAGUGGUGUCAAGAGUUUCGAGGGUUCAACAUCAAAGUAUGAGCUCAGUACGUCGAAAAGUUAUAUCCAAGAGCGAUCGAAGUACGAGCCAGUGGCUAGAUAUCAGGAUGCAUCUACCAAAUCUUACGAUCAAACACUCAAGAUAAGUGAAGUUGGUGCUACAUCUGGUGCUUAUCAGCGAAAACAAACGAGUGACUCGACAAGUGCAGCGAUAACAGAAAAAACCAACGGAUACAGAAAGAAUAAUUUCGAGGCAUACGGUGUAUACUCAGAUCCCGAGGAUGAUCAUGGAUUUCGUACUGAUAAAAAAGCACCCCAGUACACGUACAAGGGUGUUGUAGUUAAUGUUACUGGUGAAUCGAGUGUUGUAGACCAGAAAAAGAAUCCCAAGGAGGGUAGACAGACUGAGGUACAGCGCAGUCCAUGGUGUAGACCAACGAUUCUUCUGCUCUUCCUCAUACUUCUCAUAGUCAUCUUCGUUUUUGUCGCUGGUAUCCUAUUAUACUUCAAUUAUAUGUCGUACAAGCCACGUCAUCCGGUAGUCGAGGGUAAGGAUCAAAAUUUCGCCAGUAAUAAUCAGGAGCCCUGUGAAAAAACUUUCUGCGCUUGGGGUGCUGUGUGCGUUGUGUCGGAGACGGGUCGUGGCCUGUGCCAGUGCCCUCAGGAUUGUCCGGUAACAUCAGAGCCAGUCUGCGGUAAUGACGACGUGACGUACGGUAACCAGUGUCUGAUGCGACAGGCUAGCUGUCGCAACCGAAAGAACACGAGAGUCAAGCAUCAGGGGGUGUGUGAAAUCAAGGACCCUUGUCACGGUGUUAAUUGCACGCUCGGUACCGAGUGUGUGAAGAGUGCGGACGGCACGAAAGGCUCGUGCGAGUGCGUGAAGAGCUGCCCAAAUGCUGAUGAGCAGGAUGCCGUUUGCGGAAGUGAUGGCAUUGAUUACCCCAGUGUUUGUGCGUUGAAUCAAUUCGUUUGUGAGAAGGGGGUCAAUGUCACGGUUGAGUUCAAAGGGAAAUGCGAUCCCUGUGGCAGUUUGGAUUGCACUGAGCCAGAAGUGUGUCAACUGGAUGAAUCAAGACAGCCGGGUUGUCGCUGUGGGGAACAGUGCGGUCUUGAAUUCUCGCCGGUUUGUGGUAGCAAUGGUAGAACUUAUUCCAACGAGUGCAGCCUCAGGCAGGAGGCGUGCAGGUCGAGAUUACCACUCAGAAAAAUUUACAAUGGCGCAUGUAGCUCAGGAACGAAUCCCUGUGAUGAUGCACACUGCAGUGAAUUCGAGGAGUGUGCAAUCGAUCGUUAUGGCAUUACUAAAUGCGAAUGUGGACCAGAAUGUGAGCCUGUAUUGGUGCCAGUCUGUGGCGCUGACGGUACAACGUACAAGUCACAAUGUGAACUGAAGAGACAGGCGUGUCUGACGAAGAGUAACAUCGAGGUCGCAUACAUCGGCAACUGCGGGUCUCGAGGACCUUGCACUGAGAAGAUCUGUCAAUGGGGAGCCAUCUGCGCUGAGCAGGGAGAUACUGCUACCUGCCAAUGUCCCACAUGCUCGGUUGAAUUCAAUCCAGUUUGCGGUGACGAUGGUAUCAGCUAUGGGAAUGAGUGCAAGCUCAGAUUGGAGGCUUGUCAGCACCGGAGGGAGAUCAAAGUUCUUUACCAGGGAUUGUGCAAUGGCUGCGAGAGCAAACAAUGCGACAACUACGGUAAAUGCGAGAGCGACAGUACUGGCGAAGCAAAAUGCGUGUGUCCAACUAACUGCCGAGAGUCGGAGAAGGACGGGGGGAGGAAGGUGUGCGGAAGUGAUGGGGUUACUUAUGCUAAUGAGUGCGCGAUGCAAAAUGCAUCGUGCACGACCCAGACCAGCAUUACGGUGGCUUUUGAGGGCGAGUGUUCGCUCUGUUCCAACGUCGAGUGUAAAAACGGCGCCCGCUGCUCGGCGGGUGAAUGUAUCUGUCCCGAAACCUGUCCAGAGCCAACUGGCGAGCCAGUAUGUGGUACUGACGCAAAGACAUACCCAUCCGAGUGCGACUUGCAACGAACUGCCUGCGACAAACUCAGAAGUAAACUUCCAAGUCUGCACGUAGCAUUUCAUGGAGAGUGCGGUGAGAAAUUCGCUGUUGCUGCACUGACUACAAUGUCAACACCGUCGGUGACACGACUGCCAACAACCGUUGCCGAGGUAACGAGCACUCAGGAGCGAGAGGCGUGUAAGGACAUACACUGUGAUUUCGAGGCCACCUGUGAGCUCGGACCAGAUAAAUUUCCUAGGUGUAGUUGCAAGUUUGAUUGUACCGCUGAUAAUGAGGAGAGUGCGAUGCCAGUUUGCGGAAGUGACCUUAAAAUUUAUCCGUCAGCCUGUUUCAUGAAGAUUGAGGCUUGUCAGAGGCAGCAGGAACUCAGACUCCGGCCUCUCGAUCUGUGCCAAGGUAUGGAAGUAAAACCCUGCAGUGGAGAUCCCCCAUUAGCCGACGACGAGGGCAGGGAAUACGACUGUGGAAGUGGUCCAGACAGACGUGACUGCCCGAGUAAUAGUUACUGCCACCAAACUACCCGAUUUGCACGCUGCUGCAAGAAAGUCCAGGGGAUUCAAGUCGUCAAGUGCCUGGACUCCUGGCACGGCUGCUGUCCAGACGGCAAAACUGCUGCACUGGGACCUGACGGCGCUGGCUGUCCCAGUCUCUGCAACUGCAACAGGUUGGGAAGCAUCUCCGACACAUGUAAUCCAGAGACCGGACAGUGCGAGUGUCGGCCGGGCGUUGGGGGUCUUAAGUGUGACAGGUGUAUGCCGGGAUACUGGGGAUUACCGAAAAUCAGCGAGGGACAUCAGGGGUGCAUUCCCUGCGGAUGCUCCCUCUUCGGUUCCGUCCGGGAGGAUUGCGAACAGAUGACUGGACGAUGUGUCUGCAAGCACCAGAUCCAGGGGCAAAAGUGCACUAUUUGCACGGAUCAUAAUAAGAUCCUCACACCCACCGGAUGUUUCUCAGCGGACACGAGUGUAACAAUGCCAACAAGCUGUAACGAGUUGGAAUGCUAUUCCGGUGGUCAUUGCACUGAAAUUGGCGGUGGUCCUCACUGCGAGUGUCCAUCCUCCUGUCCAACUGAUGUACCAUCAGUGCCAGUUUGUGGUAGCGAUGGACAGACAUACGCAAACGAGUGUGAAUUACGUUUGUAUGCCUGUCGUCAUCAGGCGGACGUUGUAACGCAGGCGUUUGGCCGUUGCCGAGACGAUCCAAAAGUGAAUACAGACUUCCCAGUGAAGAGAUUUACAGCUGUCCAGUACACGCAGCCAGCCGCAGCAAUUUCUCCAUUGUCCAAGUCAACCAGGCAUCUUCUUGGUCCCGAGCCAGAUGCGAGGUACUACUACACCCAUCGGGCGCAGCAAGAAACCAUCACCAUCGACCGAGACAAUCUCAAACACGGGGUCGCAGCGGCGUCAAGACCGACACCAGCGACAAUUCGCGUGGUAACUGCACUCCUCGGGGAUCUUUGUGAUGACGAUAAGGACUGCACAAUACCGAAUAGCGAGUGUGUCAGUGGGGGGUGCACUUGCUCCAGUGGAUUCUCGGAGACGAGCGAUCGACAGGAGUGCUUUGCAAACUACCUGCCCGUGACCCCCUCCAAAGACCUCCGCGCCUGUCUCUCCUUCCCCUGUCACUCGUCCUCCACCUGCAUCGACCUGCCCUCCUCGACGUUCGUCUGCAUCUGUCGUCCAAACUACACCGGUCUCCUCUGCGACGAAGAGAUCAACAAGCGCGAUUACCAGAUUCCCUCCUUCGACGGCAAGUCCUACGUCCGCAUGAACCGCCUAAAAGCCUACCACAAGUUCAGCAUAGAAGUCGAGUUCAAGACAUACGCCGACAACGGUAUAAUCCUGUACAAUCAGCAGAAGAGCGACGGAACCGGGGACUUCGUCUCCCUCGCCAUCAUCGACGGCUACCUCCAGUUCCGCUACAACCUGGGAAACGGCCCUGUGAUCCUGACCUCGCCAGACCGCGUCACGCCGAAGAACUUUCACCACGCGACCGCCAAGCGUUACCACAAAGACGGCGUCCUGAUCUUCAACAACGGCGAGGACAUAGACGGAAAAUCCCAGGGGAUUCUCAAGUCCCUGGACCUCAACCAAGACACCUUCGUGGGCAACGUCCCCACGAACUACAGCAGAGUCUACGACAACAUUGGGACGAACCAAGGCCUCUUGGGCUGCAUCCGAAAGCUGAAGAUCAACCGAGCGUCAGUCGAUCUGCACAUCAACCAGGACAAAGAGGUGCUGGAGACCUAUCGCGUCAAAGAGUGCACGGAUAAUGCGUGCGCGUCCCUCCCGUGCCAGAACGGCGCCACCUGUCAGCCGAUCUUCGAGGAGGACCUGUGCAACGGCCGCGAGUGCUCGAGCCCCAGAAGAGGAAAAGGCAAGCGGAAAGGAGGGCACACAACAGCGGGGAUCAACAUCGUCAAGUGCAAAGGAUCGCACUGCACAACUGUCGAGGGGAGUCCCAAACAGAAGAGAUCGAAGAAGCACCCGAAGAGGAAGUGCAUGGGCGCGGAGUGUGAUUACGACUACGAGUUGGAUUACGAGCCGAACUUUGAGCACGACAAUUACGCCGUCACGCAGUAUGCGCCGGCGGAGUACAAGUGCACGUGUCCUCCGCAGUUUACAGGCGUCAAUUGCGAGGAGUCGUUGGAUCCCUGCAUCGGAGAGCCGUGCAAGAACGACGGAGUUUGUGACAUUCUGCCGCAAGGGGGCUACGUCUGCAAGUGCCCGCCGGGCAGAACUGGCGAGCACUGCGAUGUCCUUGACGCUGACCUGACGGAGUUCCUUGUGCCUGAGUUCACUGGAGACGGCUUCGUGGAGUUGGCAUCGCUCGAGGGAGUUUCCAAGGCGUUUUCUAUUGAACUCUGGUUCCUGACCAGGGCCAACGACGGACUAUUGCUGUACAACGGGCAGAUGAAUAACGGAAGGGGGGACUUCAUCAGCCUGAAUCUGGUUCAGGGGAGGCUGGAGUUCAGGUUUAAUCUGGGGAGUGGCAUUGCUAAUAUCACCUCGCCAGACGUCGUCAGUCUUGAUACUUGGCAUUGUGUGAGGAUCAGCAGGCUCGGGAGGGAGGGACUCCUGCAGCUGGAUGAGGGAACUGUGGCUAGGGGCUUCUCCGGAAAUCCGUUGACGGAACUCAAUCUGGAGAUGCCGCUUUACAUUGGAGGGGUCAAACACUGGAGAGAGGUCCAUCGCUUUGCUGGCGCUUGGACGGGUUUAGUCGGCGCUGUUCAGAGAUUAAUGGUCAAUGGCAAAACCUUCCAGAAUUUGGCUGUAAACUUCACUCAACACAAUACGGAAGUGUACGACGGCUUACCGUGUCCCAGUAACGAAAAUCCCUGUCACAAUGGGGGUGUGUGUUUGCCGCUGUUGAAUAGCUACCUUUGCAAAUGCGCAAGUGGCUACAGCGGGCUGCACUGCGAAUUUUUCAUGGGAUUCGACGUCUCUGGUGGGGAAAUAUCAGACAGACCUGUGAGAUUCGACGGCGAUAAUUUCCUCCAGUUCAAACAUCGUUACAGUAGAAGCACUAACACAUCUACCAGCACCGUAACGUCUGCAACUUCCGAAUACUACGAGGAGUCUUACUCCGACUAUGAAUUCGAAGAGGACUUCGAUCUCGAAUACGAUAAUUACGACUACUCAGAACGCAAAGGUCAGCAGUCCAACAAAUUCGAGCUCCGCCUUCGCACAAUUCACUCAAACGGUCUAAUCGCCUGGAUCGGCCGAGGAAAGCUCGAACACCUGAUCCUCUCCCUCGAGGAGGGCUACGUCCUCCUCACCUACAAGGGUAAACACGACCACGUGACCCUGAAGUCCCGCGAGCGAAUAGACGACGGAGUGUUUCACCACAUAAAGGCAGCUCGCAAGAAGAGAAUGACGAUCAUUCAAAUUGACGAGCAGCCGCCGGUCAAAGUUUCCACGGAGGCGACACUCCUCACGACGAAUGGAAAGCUCUUUGUGGGGGGAAAGCCGGGGCAUCAGGGUGUCCGCGGCUGCGUGACGGACUUCAUCAUCGACAAGCGAAGACUACCCCUGGCACGACGGAAGAUCGACUUCUGUCACGACAACGAUGUAUGAUAGUCAACAGCCACUCCACUCAUUUCUAGAUAAUGAGACGUCCACUAGUAUUCUCACUCAAGUACAAUUAACGAUGAUGAAGAAUACUCACUUGAAGGGAAGACACGUGAGAACAGAGAAGAUGAUUGAUUGAUUAAUUGGUAAUUAAUUGAUUUUGGUCAAAAAAUAAAAAUAAAUGAACCCAUUGGGAUUCGAACCCCGAAUUUCUCGAUUACUAACUCUGCGCCGUAUCCACUAGACCACUCUGGGGAGAUCGCCCAAUAAUUAAUUAAUUGAUGAUUAACUAAAAAUCUGAAAAAUCGAUUGUUGCAACGAACAAUCACAUGGUUAAAUUAAUUGUGAAGUGUUUAUGUGGGGGAAUUAAUGAACUAAGUGCUACAUUUUCAUCGAAGGACAAUAAUAUAUUUUUAAGACAUGCAUAAAGAAACGAAGAGUAAUUAAUGAUAAAUUAAUUAAUGGUAGAUUAUCGUGAAGGAGGGGAUUACGUAUGAAUUAAUGAUCUGCUUGAUUCUUCGCACGUGACCGUCAGGCACUUUAAGGUAUAUCAAGACUGAUUAUUGCGGAGAUACUUUGAUUGUACGGAGAUGAUUAUCAUGAAGUAAUUAUAUGAGUAAUUUGGUGUUAUGUUUGAGUCUAAGGUAGAGAGAUUUAAUAUUAUGAUAAUUGAUAGAUAGAAAAUAUGUAUUUUAAUGGACUGUUGAGUUAUGCCAGUAGAUGAUGAACAUUGUUUGGGGUAGCUGAAGCUUUUUAUAAAUGCGCAGGACAUAUAGAGAUAUCACGUGGGAAAUAAUUUUACGGAGAAAUUUAGCGGAUUCGCUGGGGAAUUCUUUCGAAUUUCUGUUGAACUUUCGGUAAGUUUUUGGACGAUUCUAUUAAAAAAGUCGAUGGAAUUAGAUUUUUC